UCACCGCUGCCACCUCCUCACUCCAUCGCACAGUUGCACGCCAGUCAGACCGCGGCACCCACACUUCCCUGCGUCGCGUAUAAGCGGGACUGAAGGGAAUCCCGCCCUCACUGUGAGAUGGUCUGAUGGAAAAAGAUGGCUGAGUCACCCGGUGAACACUGAUGGGCGGGGAAGGUGAAGUGAUGAAUGCGGCCAUGGUGGGCGGCGUGGUGGUGGGCGCCUCGCUCGCCGCCGCCAUCAUCCUCUGCACCUCCCUCUGCCUUGCCCUCUGGUGCAGGCGGCUGCGAGGUGACGGCGGCGACCCGAGCCCGGCCACCUUCCUCGUCACUAAACGGAAGCCAGGGCAGGAGUUCGUCCCGGACCACCCGAUGGCCCUUGUCCUGCCCACGAUCACCCAGAGUGAGGCGGAUAGCGAACCACGCACGCCCACCCCGACCACCACCUUCUCCCCCCCAAGCGAGUAUGCCAAGCGUGGUGUGCCGCCCUACGCACACGUCACUCGACAUAACGAUCCCGACACCACGUCUUACCCGAGACUGGCUGGCUUGGUGUCACCCCCGAGCUAUUCCCCGCUGCCCGCCUACCCGGCACAACACGCCCGCACCAUGCAGCGCCCUCGCUCAGCCUCGCCUCGUAGUCUCUUGCCAUCUACGCCUCGCACACCGCCCUUGUCUCUACCUCUGGGCGCCCGCAGGUGGCAAUCAGGAACUCGCCCCAGCUCCCCUCUCACCCCUGGCACGCCCCCUGGUCUGCCCUCCAAGUCCCAUUUAAGGAAGGGCGUGGCAGGACUGGAGGACUUCCGCGCCGCCCUCCACCACUCCUUCGUCACGAGUGAGCUGGUGGGCGGCGAUGGGCUGGAAGUGAGCACCCCGGACUCCAUCGAGGGGUGGGCGCCCGUGUGGACUCCGGCAUCCAGCGUGGGCUCAGCAGGUGGCGGAUGUGGACUGGGAGAGGUGCGACUUCGCCUCCGCUACACUAUCAGAACUCGACUCCUUCACCUCCUCAUCUACUCCGCCGACCAGCUGCCCCUCCGCCUCGGCCCUGACCCCGUGGCCACCUACACCAAGGCUGUGCUGCUGCCGGAGAAGAGGGUCCGCUUCACGACUCCCUGGGUGGCGGCCACGGACACGGCAGUCUUCAACGCCUCCUUCACGCACCCAACGCGCCCUUCACGCCUUGCCCACGCCACGCUCAGGCUCUCCGUCUGCCAGGUGUUGGAGGUGACGGGCUACGGGCGCCGAGUGGUGGUGGGUUACUGCGCCGUCAACCUCGCCUCCAUCGGGAUGCGGUCUGGCCUCACCACGGAUAUCGACACAGGCCUCCUCGCUCUCCACUUGCAGGAGACCGCCCCGGACCAGCAGGUGGGCGUGGGCGGACAGUUAAGGAUGGGACUCAAGUGGGACACGGAAGCGGGAGUCCUGACCAUAAGGAUCACCUGUGUAUCUGGCCUUCAGCUGCUUCACCUCCAGCCGCCCUUGCAGGACAAUGCUCAGGCUUAUGUGAAGGUGACGGUGUACGUGAACAAUACCAUCCUGUGCUGGCGGCGGAGCGGACCCCGGGCGGUGGCGGCGGUGAUGGAGCUGGAGGAAGACCUCGCUCUCCACAUGCCCGAGCUGGACCUUGACGCCACCCACCUCGUCCUCAGCGUCAGACUUCGCACCCGCCCAGGCGGCGGGCGUCGUGUGGUGGGAUCGUGCCUGGUGGGGCGAGGCGGCUGCGUGGCCGAGGACGGGCGGCACCACUGGGAGGACAUGCUCAGGGCGGCGCCGGAUUUCGUCACCCGAGUUCACCCUCUGACAGCCCACCACGAUCCCGCCGCCCACCCUGCCUGCUGUGACCCGCAGGAGUGGAGGGGCACCGGGUCUCCUCACUCGUACCACCACGACCACUGCGGCUCAGACACCACCUCCUCAGACUACCCCACGACUUUCACUUCCUCUGCAAUAUCCAAUCGUCCUUUGAUUCUCCCUACUCCCCGGAGAGCCCUUGUUAUAUCCCCAGAUGAAGGCGUUUUCCCGUCAAGCUCCUCCACCUUCCUCAACAGUUCCUCAGCGCCGACGCUUACUACCACCACCGUCAGCAGUCCCUCAGCGCUUAUAGACACAUCCAGAACCUCCGCCAGUACUCCAGUACCUGCCAGCUCCUCCACCUCCCUCAGCAGCCCCUCAGCCCUCACCAGCCUCACUAGUAUCCUUAGCAGCCCUUCAGAGUUUCCUCCCCCAGCAGUAACCUUCAGCAGUUCCUCAGGCUUUGUCAGUCCCUCAACCCCCAGCAGCCCCUCGGCCUUCACCAGUCCAUCAUCAGUGCUCAAUGGACACACAGUCGGUAGUACAAGCAGCACCCCACCCGCCACUCCAGCCACACCUCCCCGCACCCCGUCACCGCCUGCUGCAGUGCAUGUUUCUGUUGCCCCGGCAUGCUCUCUUUCCCCAGAACCUUCUCCUCUUUGUACAUUAUCUCCUGCAGUUCAUACUAAUACCAGGACGUCCCCAGACAACACUCUGCCACCCUUACGUCACCCUGAUAUUCACCCACCUCCACCUCCUCCCCCGUCACCCAGUCACCUUCGACCUAUCUCUCAACACAGGACACUCUAAGGCUGCAGGGCUCAACACGCCGGCAACACGGAACAAAAGGUGCCCCUGGUGGAACCUUUCUUUUAAGGAGAUCAGUAGAAGGUUAAGUACAGAUAUUUAUGUGUUUAAAUAGAGUAGUUAUAGUUAGUGCAAAGAAAGGUGAAAUUAUAUGUAUAUGGAA